CAACACAAAGAGAGAAGUAUCAACACAGAGCACUAGAAGCACCCGAAGACAUAGACACAGCGUCCAGCCAAGUGCGGUUGAUUUUUUCUAAACUGUGAGCAGUAGUAACUCCUUAGAUCAGAGCUGUGCACAGUAUGGUGACCUACACAACAGCACCAGGUGACGUGGAGAUGGCUCUUGAGGAGAGGAUGGUGGUUUUGGUAGAAAAGAAGUCCUCCACGGAGCGGAUAUGGAAGGCGUCCGUGGCCCUUCUCGUGGUGGUCCUUUGCUUAGGAGGCAUCCUGAUGCUUGCUUGGUACUGGAGUGGAAGGCCAGAAACGAUGACGCAAUCAGGCAACACAGAAGCGCUUAAGACGGACACUGCUGAGAAAACAGAUCCCCACUCCACGUUGAGACGAAUCAGCAGCAAAGCCAAGGCAGCCAUCCAUUUAGAAGGUAGCUACGAAGACGGCGAGAGUUUGAAAGACCAGCUGGAGUGGAGAAACGGUCAAGGCCAGGCGUUCGCUCAGGGCGGCUUCCGAUUGGUGGACAACCAGAUCGUUAUCCCACAAACCGGCCUCUACUUCGUCUACAGCCAAGCAUCGUUCAGAGUGUCCUGCAGUGAUGGCGACGAGGAAGGAGCGGGAAAAGGCCUCACACCUCUCAGCCACAGGAUCUGGCGCUACACAGACGCCAUAAGCAGCAAAGCCUCUCUGAUGAGCGCGGUGAGGUCGGCGUGCCAAAACACUGCUCAAGAGGACAGCUACAAAGACGGACAGGGAUGGUACAACGCCAUUUAUCUGGGUGCAGUGUUUCAGCUGAACAAAGGAGACCGACUGUGGACGGAAACCAACCAGCUACCAGAGCUGGAGACCGACGAGGGCAUGACUUUCUUUGGUGUGUUUGCACUUUGAAAUGACUCUUUGCUGUGAUAGUAACAAAGAUGAUACCAAGCUCUGCACAGUGCAAUAAGUUCUGAGUAUAAACUUUUUUUUUUUACAUUAUGUAUGUUUUUUAAAUUAUAUUAUUAUUAUUAUUAUUAUUAUUAUUAUUAUUAUUAUUAUUAUUAUUAUUAUUAUUAUUAUUAUUGUUGUUGUUGUUGUUGUUAUUAUUAUUAUUAUUCAUCUUCAUGAUGAUUUAGAAGUGUUUAAAUCUCAAUGGAGAUAAAUCUUGUAGCCGAACAGGCAGUGCAGAUUGUUUUUAAAUCCUAUAAACUGUAACAGUUUGCAACAUUAUUUCUAUUUUAGGCCCUUUUUUUUAUUUAUGCUGACCUGAGAUUGUAGUAGGCUACACUGUCUCUGCUGUACCGGAUACAGACACAGCUCUUUACUGAAGGGUUUAUGUUCAAGAAUUAUGUAAUAUAACGUACUAUUACAACCUGUAUAUAUUUAUUUGUAUUUAUUUAUAUGUAAAUUAUUGGGAUAAGGUGUCAAAGAUUAUAUUUAUAUACUUUAUGUGCACAUGAAUUAAAUUA